CGAUCCGCGGCAGGCCUCGUGGCCUCUCUCGGGCUCGCGCAGCGCGAAACCUGGCGGCGCAGGAGGCGCCGGAACCCAGCGCCAGGGAUCCCGUUUCCUGCCGGCGGGACCCGAGCGCUGCACCGAGCGCAGCCAGACACGGCCGACGGACGCGGUCGCUGUGGCAACGCGGCGGGACCGGGCAGUGCUGCGGAAGCGCGUUCCGUGGCCACCAUGCUGCCACUGGGCUCGGAGCCGGCCCUGAAUGAGCUACUGCUUCGAAAGGAGGAGGAAUGGAGGGCACUGCAGGCCCGCCACACCCGGCUGCAGGAGGCGGCUCUGCAGGACACACAGAGCCAGCUGCAGGAGGCUCAGGGGAAACUGCGGUGCCUGCAGGAGGACUUUGUCUACAACCUGCAGGUUCUGGAGGAGCGGGACCUUGAGCUGAAGCGCUAUGACGCCGCCUUCGCCCAGGCCAGGGAGUGGGAGGAGGCCCGGCGGGCGGAGGUGAGCGAGCUCAAGAUAGAGGUGGCUAAGCUGAGGCAGGCGCUAGCCAGAGAGGCCAGGAAGGUGGAGGAGCUGCAGCAGCAGCAGCAGCUGGCAUGGCAGGAGCAUCACUUGGAGCUGGAGCGUGUGUACAGUGACAAGAAUGGUGAGAUUGACCACCACCGGGAACAAUAUGAAAAUCUCAAAUGGAGGCUGCAGAGAAAACUUGAGGAGCUCGACAGUGAGCUUGCUCUGCAGAGACAGAAACUGCUGCUGGAGUUUGAAUCGAAAAUGCAGAAGAGGGAGCACGAAUUCCGUCUGCAGGCUGACAACAUGAGCAACACAGCCUUGUCCCAGGAGCUCAAGGUUAAACUACUGCACAAAGAGCUGGAGGCUCUGAAGGAAGCUGGGUCGAAGGCUGCAGAGAGUCUGCAGAGGGCAGAGACCACCAAUGCCAAGCUGGAGAGGAAGCUCCAGAGCCGCACCCAGGAGCUCCGGGAUCUUGAAGCUGUGAGUGACGCCUGGGUAAAGGACUUAGAGGACAAACUUCACUCCGUGCAGUUAACUAAGAAGAAAGAAGAGGAAACAUUUAAGAGGAAGCAUGAGGAGCUCGACCGUCUGGCCAGGGAGAAGGAUGCGGUGCUGGCAGCAGUGAAGGGAGCCCACAUGGAGCAGCUGCGGGAGCUGCAGGCCAGGGUUCUGGAGCUGCAGGCCCACUGCGAGACCCUGGAGGCGCAGCUCCACAGGGCAGAGUGGAGGCAGGCAGACGCUGCCAAGGAGAAGGACGCUGCCAUUGACCGACUUCGUGAAGAUGCAUCAGCUGUAAAAUCUGCCUGGGAUGCUCAGAUUGCUCAAAUGUCUAAGGAGAUGGUCUCCAAAGACCUUCAGAUUCAGAUGCUGCAGGAAGAAGAGAUGAAGCUCAAGGCACAGGUGGCCCGAUUCCAGCAGGACGUUGAAAGGUACAAGCAGCAGCUGUCCAUGGCGGUCGAAAGGGAGCAGAGCCUGGAACGUGAUCAGGUGCAGCUGAGCCUGGACUGGCAGCGCCGCUGUGACGAUGUUGAAAGGGACCAGAUCCAAAAAUCAGAGGCCCUGAUUCAGGGUCUGACCACGGCAAAAAGUCAGGUUGUUGCCAAGCUGCAGGAGACAGAGCGGGCACUACGGGAGCAGGAGGUAGUGCUGAAGGCCGUGACCCAGGAGCGAGACCAGGCCAUGCAGGCCCUGAAGAUUCAUGGACUCCCUAGACCAGAGGCACAGGUGCUCCUUAGGCAGCAUGAAGAAAUAAGUAAAGACUUUCCAUCCAGUGAGAUCCAGCGGUUGCGAGAGCAGAACAUGAGCUUGCGAAACGUGAUUGCACAGAUGAGGAAAGAAAUGGAGACUCUCAGCCAUCAGAUUCCUCUUCCCGCCCAGAGAGUGGGAGAGAGCACAGAUGCAAAGCAGCCUGACCCAAAGGCGGGGGGAGAUACCGCCACUCCUGAUUAUGUUCUGGCCCUUGAAGCAGAAAUACGAAAUCUAAAGCAUAAGUUUAAAACCCUGGAAGAGCAGCUGGAAGAUGUGUUGGAUCCUUUAAUGAUGUCGUCACCUCAUGCUAAGUCUCAGCCCAGCAUCCGCACCUUGACAGAGACCACUGGAGGGUCUGUCCAGGCUGGUCAAGUAGCCUCUGGACUGGCACUCAGGAAGCUCGGGGACAGAGUGCAGCUCCUAAACCUGCUGGUGAUGCGACUCAGACAGAAGGUGCUGCGGGAACCCCUAGAGCCAGCCGCUCUCCAGCUCGAGCUUCCCCGUGAGGUGAACCAGGUACACCUGGAGGUUUUGGAGCUGUGGAAGCAGGUGGCUGAGCUGCGGAAGCAUCUCGGGAUAGCCCAGCACUGGGGAGUGGAGCCUUCAGGAAGGAAGCAGUCCCCAGCCUCGGACGCCGUGGUCCUCAGGAGAGAGGGCCUCUCCAAGGGAGGGCCUGUGGAGGCCAAGGAUCAGGGGGAGCUUGUCCUGCACCUCCGGCCGGUGGCACAGCCCCCACAGACCUUAUCUAUGCACCAACUCCAGAGGAAGCUGAAGGAGGCAGCCAGAAAAAUCCUCAGCCUCCGCCUGGAAAAGGAGCAGCUCAUCGAGAUGGGGAACAGGCUCCGUGCAGAGCUGGGCCACCCUGAAGGGCGGCGGCAGCACCACACCCUCCCUCCUGCCCCCGAAGUCCGGAAGCCAGGCGAGGAGCUCAGGAAGCCUCUGGAUCAUGGCCCACCUUUGGGACAGGUGGGGCCCCAUUUUAUAGCUCAGGACACCAAGAGUACAGAGGAUGAAUGUCCUUCCAGAUACCCGGGAAAGCAGUGGCCCCGCUCAGCACGGGUGGGCAGCAGACACAACACCCUGCAAGGACGGAAGCAGAAAGAAGCCAGGUCUCCAAAGCCACCCCAGGCCCAGGAGCACCCUGAAGAGCUCGUCUGCCACUCCCACAGCUCCUCCUCCUUUGCCUGCGCCACCCUCCAGGACACGUGGAGGGUGCUAGACCUGGGAUCCAGCCCUUCUGGACUCACCUCCCAUGGUGACUCAACUCCAGGGUCAGACUUUAAUGCUCCUCCAUAAACAACCAGAAAACUGGACAGAGUAGAUGAGACAACUGUCUGCAGGCGUAGGGCAGCUGAUCGGACAAGACUGCCACUCUCGUGGGAAGGGAGAGCAGCGAGGCGAGCCUGGGGCCCUGGACGCCGUUCCUGGGCUGCUGGUGCAGGGGGAGCAGGGGCUGAGCAGAGCAGAGCACCCUCAUUGAGCUGGGACUGCACUGGAGCCUGGGGAGACAGAAGAAGCCAGCAUUUCAGGGCAGAAUCCAGCGAGGAGAAACUGCAGUAAAGAGCUCCAGAAAUCUGCGUGGGGUCCUAAGUCUGGACUGAGGGCCAGCUGCACCUGUGUAAGAGAAAACAGGGUUCUCCUGAGUCUGGACUGAGGGCCGGCUGCACCUGUGUAAGAGAAAACAGGGUUCUCCUGAGUCUGGACUGAGGGCCGGCCGUACCUGUGUAGGAGAAAAUGGGGUUCUGAGUCUGGACUGAGGGCCGGCCGCACCUGUGUAGGAGAAAAUGGGGUUCUGAGUCUGGACUGAGGGCUGGCCCCACCUGUGUAGGAGAAAACAGGGUUCUCCUGAGUCUGGACUGAGGGCCCACCACACCUGUGUAGGAGAAAAUGGGGUUCUGAGUCUGGAUUGAGAGCCCGCCACACCUGUGUAGGAGAAAACGGGGUUCUCCUGAGUCUGGACUGAGGGCCCGCCACACCUGUGUAGGAGAAAAUGGGGUUCUGAGUCUGGACUGAGGGCCCGCCACACCUGUGUAGGAGAAAACGGGGUUCUCCUGAGUCUGGACUGAGGGCCCGCCACACCUGUGUAGGAGAAAGUGGGGUUCUGAGUCUUGACUGAGGGCCCACCACACCUGUGUAGGAGAAAACGGGGUUCUCCUGAGUCUGGACUGAGAGCCCGCCACACCUAUGUAGGAGAAAACGGGGUUCUCCUGAGUCUGGACCAGGGGCCGGCCCCACCUGUGUAGGAGAAAACGGGGUUCUCCUGAGUCUGGACUGAGGGCUGGCCGCACCUGUGUAGGAGAAAAUGGGGUUCUCUCUCUCCCAGUGCGGCAGCUGUCUCGGCAGCUGUGCACCACCUAGGUGUCUGGGCAAUCCAUGGGCAAGAGCAAGGGCCAUGAUGACAGAUUAUACAGCGAGGAGCAGUGUAACGAGCUGGAGGCUCUGGCAUCCAUCUCCCCUGACUCCUUCACAGUAUUAUCAGAAAGUCCACCCAGCUUCACCAUGACUGUGACAUCUGAGGCUGGAGAAAAUGAUAAAACUGUCCAGACUACCCUCAAGUUUACAUACAGUGAAAAAUACCCAGACGAAGCUCCCCUUUAUGAAAUAUUCUCUCAGGAAAAUCUAGAAGAUAAUGAUAUCUCAGGCAUUUUAAAAGUACUAGCAUUACAGGCUGAAGAAAAUCUUGGUAUGGUGAUGAUCUUUAGUGACAGCUGUGCACGAAAAAUUAAAUGAAAUAGUAGAUCAGAUUAAAAACUAGAAGAGAAUAAGAAAAGAAACAAAAAAAGCAGAAGCUGAAAAGCAGUUAUCCCAGGGCACUCCAGUUACAACUGAGAAUUUCUUAAAUUGGAAGGCCAAGUUUGAUGCAGAACUCUUGGAAAUUAAAAAGAAAAGGAUGAAAGAAGAACAAGCAGGAAAAAAAUAAAUUAAGUGGGAAACAACUAUUUGAAACAGAUCGUAAUCUUGACACAUCUGAUGUCCGGUUCUUGGAGGAUGCCGGAAACAAUGUGGAGGUGGAUGAGUCUUUUUGUUCCAAGAAAUGACGACUUGGAGCUGGAGGACGAUGAAGAUGGUCCGGACUACAAUCCUGCUGACCCAGAGAGUGACUCAGCUAAUUAAUGGACUGUCCCCAUCUGCAGAGAGGCUUGACUGCCACAGCAUCUGUGGCUAUGCUCAGAGGGUUUUAAUUUUCCUUUCUUUUUUUCUAGGAAAAAAUUAUUUUCAGGAGAAUAUUCUUCUGAUAGCUUUCAACAUCGAACUUAAUAAACUGACCUUAAAAUUUCAAAUAUAAAAGAAAAAAAGAAGAAGAAAACGGGGUUCUCAUGAGUCUGGACUGAGGGCCGGCCGUACCUGUGUAGGAGAAAAUGGGGUUCUCCUGAGUCUGGACUGAGGGCUGGCCGCACAUGUGUAGGAGAAAACGGGGUUCUCCUGAGUCUGGACUGAGGGCCGGCUGCACAUGUGUAGGAGAAAACGGGGUUCUCCUGAGUCUGGACUGAGGGCCGGCCCCACCUGUGUAGGAGAAAAUGGGGUUCUCCUGAGUCUGGACUGAGGGCCGGCCCCACCUGUGUAGGUGGAAAUCCACGAAGCCAGACAGGAGAAGAGUGUGUGAGGUGAACAGCUUCCAGGGUUUUCACAGGGCUUUGACAUACUCAAGCUGCAGCCAGGGUGACGGGGCCUGGUGGUCACUGUGGAUGCUCAGGGCUGGGGUUACAGGCCCGAGCCACCGUGACUGUUUUCUUUCUUGAGAUGGAGUCUCACUCCGUCACCCAGUUGGGGCUAUAGUGGCCCUAUCUCGGCUCACUGUAACCUCCACCUCCUGAGUUCAGGUGAUUCUCCUGCCUCAGCCUUCGGAGAAGCUGGGAUUACAGGCACCCACCACCACACCCAGCUGAUUUUUAUAUCCUUUAUAGAUAUAGGGUUUUGCAUGUUGCUCAGGCUGAUCUCAAACUCCUGACCUCCGGGGAUCUGCCCACCUUGGCCUCCCAGAGUGCUUGGAUUACAGGCAUGAGCCAACGCACCCGGCCUCUUUGUUUUUCUUGAUCAUAUUGAUAAAGGUUAAUCUCAGUUUUUUCAGACAAUCGUUCGGGUUCUGUUGACCUACUGUUUUUCCUUGAAGUUUCUAUUUCACUGAACCUUGUAAAUUAUGAUUUCCUUAUUUCUUGUUUCCUUGAGUCUAUUCUAACUUCUCACAUUGGAGAUUUAGCUCAUCUAAACCUUAUUUUUAAUUUUUUUGUUGGCAGAACAGGUCCUCACUCUGUUGCCCAGGCUGGAGUACAGUGGCGUGAAUGCAGCUUUCACUGUAGCCUCAACCUCCCAGGCUCAAUCAGUGCUCCUGCUUCUGCCUCCUGAGUAGCUGGGACCACAGGCAUGUGCCACUAUGCCCAGCUAAUGUUCAAUUUUUUUUGUAGAGACAGAGUCUUGCCAUGUUACCCAGGCUGGUCUCAAACGCCUCGACCUCUCGAAGUGUCGGGAUUAGAGGCGUGAGCCACUUGGACUGGCCAAACCUUUUUAACUGUUGGUGUUCCCUGAUAAGCAUAGUUAAGGUGCUAUGUUUCAGCCGUACCCUACAAAACUGAAAUUUAUCAUUUCAGUUAUAAAUAAUUCAUUUUAUGAUUAUCUUGAACCCAAGAUCAUUCAGUAGCAGGUUUUACAAUUUUGAAGCAGAAGCAGGAUGAGGGGUUUUGAUGUUGGUUUCGAAUUUCAUUGCAUUAUGUUUGGAAUAAAUCGAGCCUUGCUCUGUGGCCUGAUAUGAUUGCAUUCUAGGCAUGGUCUGUGUUUGCCAAAAAGAAAGUGCAUCGUCUGUCUGCAAGGUUAGACCUCCUGUGCCUCCUAACUCAAGCCAACCAGUUCUGUUGAUUAAAGUUUUUGUCAGGA